CAAAUUUUUGUGAGAAGGUUUUGCAGGCUCCUGUGAAAAAUGCAGAUUUUAAUUUCACUAUCAGCUGUUGCGGCAAUAUAUAAGCAACAACCUCUUCUCCAGUCUGUUAGGUACUUCUAUUUUCUGUAGAUUGGUUAGCAUUUGAAUCAGGAAGACUUUUAAAUUAAAACCAAAGGCUGUCGGUCUUUGAUACUAACCAUGUGGCACAGCUUAUUAAGAAAACCAAGCAGGAAAGAACUCCUUACAGAAUCUCAUAGAGGACUGCUUUCAUCAAGCUUACACCAGAUAUGAAAAUUCUAGCUCUCCAGAUGAUAGAACAGCAGAUUACUGCAUGAAAGAAAGUAACUUCUGUGGUCAUUCAUAUUGGAUGUUUUCGCAAGUGUCUGUUGUGUCAUAGAAGAAGGAGAGGAGAUGCUAUUUGCACUUUUAAGGACGGGAUUCGUAAGAGCAACGUUGUUUUCUUGCACAUGCCCUUGCCUGUUUAACCGACGCAGUCCAGGAAUCAUAUGACCAUGUACCGUAUUGUUCCUGUUGUCAAGGAUUUACUGAAAAGGAUGACCCUGCUCAGAGGGAGCAGAUGCUUGAACAAUGGCGUGGUGUUGUCAUCUGUGAGGAGGGGGAAUCUGAAUCUUUUCUGCGGCAAAUCUGUCAGAGAUGCUUUAUCCUUGUGAUACGCUUUUCUGGCUGAUUCACAGCUCGUAGGGUAUGGAGGAAGAACCAGCUCCACUUAUCAUCCUUGUGCAAGGACCUCCGAAAGUUGGAAAGUCCUUGUUGAUUAAAUCACUAAUUAAAUAUCUUACGGAUCAGCAUUUAACUGAUGACCAAGGCCCCUUCGCAAUUGAAUUAGGUAAGCAACGACGUUUGCAGUUUGAGGAGUGCCCAUAUGAUGUUAAGGGCAUGAAUGAUGCUGUAGACCAUGCCGAUGGAGUUCUACUUCUGAUUGAUGCAAGUCAUGGGUUCAAAGAGGAGACAGUUAAGUUUCUUGACAUUUUAAGAUAUCAUGACAUUUUGUGGGUUACGAGUCUUCUUACACAUCUUGAUGAGAUCAAAGAUGAAGAAGAACUAAGGAAAACCGAAAAGCAUCUCAGGGAUUACAGAAUCCGUACCACAGCUAUGGAUGAAGCAGAACGAUUUUACUUUUCUGGUCUCGAUCAUGAGCUGUACAAAAUGAGUGAAAUAAAAGAGCUGGCAGAACAUAUGUUGGGUUUAAAAAUGCUUCCCUUGUCAUGGCGUGUGGCACAUCCUUAUGUGAUGGUGAAUCAAAUUGCUACACGCUUGCAUGAAGAUAAUGAACAUGUAGACAUAAAUAUCUACGGUCAUCUCCAAGGCUUUGAUAUGAACAAAGCAGCUAAGGUACAUGUGUUUGGUGUUUGUGAGUUUCCUGUAGCUUAUGUUACAAGAUCAACUGAUUAUUCCAGACCUCUACCUACUAUUAUUAUAAUGAGAUCAGAUGAUUGUCCCUGCUUGGAGAUUAAGGGUUUCAAAAAAUGGACCUAUCUCAGGUUGGAGGUUCGAGAUAUUCCUAUUUCAAUGUACAAAAAAUUUGACAUGAAAGAUCCUGUUUUCAUUGGAGAGGAAGUUGUUGGAAAUUUGCAGGUUUAUCAGUUAUGCCGAGGAACAACCACUGUUGGUUUAAAAAAUAAAAGAGAGGUUCUUUUAGGGGCUGAUGGCCGCCAUAUGCCAAUAUUAACAGCUGAGGAAAAGAGAAGAAAUCGGGCAAACGGAAUACUUGAAGCACCAUUAUCCAAAGGCGUAACAAAGAUAUAUAAAAUUGGAAAGCAUAUUGUUGCAACUGUAGCUGGAUGCUCUGGUUGGAUUAUACCAAUUAUCAGCGACUUGCAGAAAGAGGUGUCUCUGUCAAGAACGGGGUAUAUUCCUUUGGACUGUGCAAAUUCUGCAAAGAACUUCCUGAAUGACGAGAAUUUUAAGCUACCUGAAAAUAUUUCUUGGAAAGGAGUUCCCGAAGAUUUCGAUAUCCAAAAAGAAAGCUGCAGUAUUAUCUUCGGAGGUUACUCAAGCAUUGAUGACCAGUCCGUUCCAUUAACACUAUAUUCUGCCGACAAACAAGAAGUCCAAGAAAUCCUUGUUUACCAUAGCCACGGAUCAGGUAGUAAGUACGCGCUGGAAGUACUUGAGAAGCAGGCUCAUAUUAUCAAGAAAGGGAAUAAGGACACUGAUUAUUAUGCGGAUUUGAUAUUAAAGGCGAUAAGCGAAUCAAGUAAAAAGGAUCACAACACUGGAAAUAUGGUUCAAGUUGUUCACCUCAUCAAAGACUGCGACAUGAGAGUUUUACGAAAGAAAAAAGCCAAACGAAUUCCAUUAUAUCUGCUUCGGAAAAAAAUUGGAAAGGCGAACUAUGCUCUCCGUCACACAAAACGUAACUAUGCUCAUAGGAAAUCGAAGUGGUUCAAGCUGGCCUCGCAUAUGCCCUGAAACAAGAUUAGUGCUUUUUAGUACAAUUACUUUCCGUUGUAUUUGAACUCUCCUGUUUAGCUCGUGCAAAGACCUUCAAUGAUAUAACUCAGCUGAUGAUCAAAUUUUGAACGAGUUAUUGAAUUUUGGGUUGAUGCCAUAUCUGGUACAAGUACAGUAUACUUCUAUUUCGGGUUUUUGCGUUUUUAUGGGUGCUCAGGCAUGUUUAUUGUGUAAGUGGUCUUUACAUUUAUCUCUGAGUCGAGUUUGUUGUGCCUUAACAGUAUGGAUCUAGAGGUUUAGGACUUAUA